AUGAGAGAAUUUGGUCCCGCAACAUUAUUUUUCGGUGCCUUUUUUAGGAUUUCUAAUGCUCAAUUUGAAACACUAGAUUUUCUCUUUGACCUCAAUGAGAAACGGCCAGAGUUUUCUCCAGCUGAUAGAAUCGAGCUCAAUCUCGACGAAGGGACCCUUAUCGGCUACGAGACGACCUCACAAGUUUUGCGAGGCACAAAAUACCAGUUUUUCAAGCAGAUUCCUUAUGCAAAGUCUCCCGAGGGCUCCCGCCGUUUUCGAAAGCCAGAGCCGAUCGAGCAAUUCGAAGGAGGAGUUUACGAUUCUGUUUCCCCAGGAAAAGCAAUAAACGCCUGCCCUGGGUACUCUUUUGGGCCUGAUGCGCUUUUACCCGCGCUAGAAGAUGGCGUCAUUACCGAAAACUGUCUUGCCAUGGACAUUUAUCGCCCGGCGAGGACUAACAAAACAGAUCUUCCAAUUUUUAUCUGGAUUCACGGAGGAGGUCUCUUUUCCGGAACAUCAGCGUACUAUCACUUCGCCCGGUUGGCGCAAGAAGACAUCAUCAUUGCAGCGAUUCAAUACAGACUCGGUAUUCAUGGCUUUCUCAGCUCUUACAGUCCUGAUGGACUGACGGAUACUCCUGGUAAUUUCGGACUCUUGGAUCAGCAAGCAGCGAUUGAGUUUGUUCACCGAAACGCUAGAAACCUCGGAGGCGAUCCGAAUAAAAUAACCAUCGGUGGGGAGUCUGCUGGCGCCUGGUCCGUAGGGUUCCAGUUGCUAAGUGACAAAUCAGCGGGUAUGAUCAAAACUGCUAUUUCUCAAUCUGGCUUGGCAACCUUUGACAUGUCCCCACAAGAGUCAGAAUAUGGAAAUAUGGCGAUAAAGAACCUCUGCGAGAAAACAAGCUCGAUGAUUGACUCUCCCUUGAACUGCUCAGAAAGCACUGAAGAAAUUGUUGAUCAAUUCCGUGGCUUGAACACGACUGAAAUUCUGAAGCUUCAAUUAGCGGACCAAGCAUAUGAUCGACUGAAAGUCUUCGACAAUCUUGCUGGCUACAACCUCGCUAAUGAUGAAAUAACAACAAGCAAACGCGUGAGAUUUAUCCCAGAAGAAGACCGAGAAGAAGUCUUUGAAAACUAUUUCAGACUCAUGAGCGACGAACCGUGGUUGAACUGUGAUGACAUCAAAAACUGCACCGCUCAAGAGUACCAGAUUUUAGCUGCAAAGAUCAUGGGUGAAAUGGCCUUUGUUCUUCCAUCUUUUGAGCAUGCUCUUCUUUACUCUGACCAAUCCGCAGAAUUGAAAACCGAUCAAAGGGAGACAUCAUUUCCCAUUCCAGCAGCUGGCCAUGCUGAAGACCUCAUGUUCAUGAUGGAUGUUCCAAAUAUGGAGGUAGAAUAUGAUGAAGGAAGCGUUAAUUUGACUCUCUGGGAAAUUCUUCACAGCCCUUCCGAAAAUCCAUAUCCGCCAAAAGAAUAUAUGAUUCAAAUGGCAGACAUCUUCAUCAACCAUUGGGCUUCUAUCAUCAAGAGCGGAAAACCCGAAUCGUCUUGGAAUCAGUUCACCCGCGAAAACAUGAAUUAUGUUGAAUGGACCAACAACGACACCCAUGCUCUGGAAGUCAUGCACUCUGGCCUUCCACCAACAAUCAAAUAUAUGAUUGAAACUUAUGGUCCUCAAGAGACGAGUUCGGCCUUCCCUGUAUCCAACUGUAUCCUGCUAGUUUUACUAACCCUGACUCUUUCCAUAACUUUCUAA